ACUUUUCCUCUCCUCUCGCCGGUUGUGUGAAACUCGCGCUGCCUCGAUCGUCCCGGUUCUUGGUGUCUCUGCCCGCAUCAUCUGUGGCCAACUGUCCCGCACUAGGUGGUAUUGCACUCGCACACCCGACCGAUCCAACUGCGUGGUAACGGCGACCGUCUUUCGGCACCGCACAAACAGCACUUUGGCACUACCUGACUGACCUUACUGGCUCACUUCGGCGAUCAUUUGGCGACCUCAGAACACCGCAUCAUCAUCAGGUAGCUCUCAGCCUUGGACACGUGCUAAUCCUGGUCACUUCUCGGCCGUGCUGCAUGUGACUGGUCCCGCUCUGCCCUUUGCAGCCUUGUUCCCCAAGUUUGAAUCUGACCUUCUUUCACAAACAUCAACCACACCAACUUCCAUCGACUGCAACUUUCCGUUCCACACGCCCCCAGACCAGUGCGAGAGAGUGUGCGCGGUGCUACCUACAGUGCGACGAGAGAUCAAUUCGGUCCUUACCUUUCGCGACAAGACAGACGACAAUGUCUAAGCUAUUCAUCGGCGGCCUGGCAUGGCAUACUGAUGACCAAACCUUGCGCGCCAAGUUCGAGGAGUUCGGUCAAGUCGACGAAGCCGUCGUUGUCAAGGACCGCGAUACCGGUCGCAGCCGUGGCUUCGGUUUCGUGCGCUUUGCCGAAGAUGCAGGUGCCGAUGCUGCCAUUGCGGCCAUGAACAAUGUCGAAUUCGACGGACGCACCAUCCGCGUUGACAAGGCUAGUGACCGUGGCAGCGGAGGAGGCGGUGGCUUUGGCGGCGGACGCGGCGGCGGUGGAUACGGUGGCGGCGGUCGUGGUGGCUAUGGAGGCCAGCAGGGCGGCGGCUACGGUGGUGGCUACGGAUCCGGCGGUGGCUAUGGUGGCCAGCAGGGCGGUUACGGUGGCGGCGGCUACCAGGGCGGCGGCGGUGGUGGAAACUGGCGCGGUGGAGGCGGUGGUGGCUACGGUGGCCAAGAUGGCGGCUACCAGCAGCAGCCCAACGGCGGUGGCUAUGGCGGCCAGCAGCAGCAGGGCGGCUACUAGUCAUCUGCUGACACGACCCAUUUCUUACUCUCCUCUACACCUUUCUCAAAAGUUGGGAUCAAGGAUUACUCUCACUCGAGAGACUUAGAGUGAAUGCAGAUGCAAUAGCAUGGAGCUCGGGGAUGGGACAUGCAUGUUUCUACGGCCAGCGGCAACGACAGCCGCACCGUCCUGCUUCGGCAAGGGCAGCUGUUUGUGAUUCGGGCUUGGAAUCGACCGACGAAGAGAUCAAAUGAUACCCACGCUGCGGCAGAAGAUGAUGGUAGCUAGGCGUUGUUGCUUUAUUAGCUCUGUGCGCUGCGAUUAGCACGCAUAAUGGCAUGGAGUCACGAGUCUUGAUCACUGUCUUUUAC